UUCUUUUUGUUUAUAAGAUCAUUGUGUACGACAAUAUAUAGGCAAUUUUUGUUGAUACUUGACAACAAUGUUUUUGUUAAUACUUUUAUCAAUUAUCGUAGUUCUGUUGACGCUGUACUAUUUGAAUGGAAGAUCAAAUGAAGAGUAUUGGAAGAAACGUGGAGUGGCUUUCUACAAGGGAAACAAAGUUGCUGGACCAUUCUGGGCAUUCGUAACUCAAAACAGAUCCCUCUUCGAAAUCUUCCACGACAUCUACAAGCAGUACAAAAACGAACCAGCUGUAGGUAUUGGAACCUUCUUAACUCCAACUCUUUAUGUGAUUGAUCCUACCAAUAUACAACAUAUCUUACAAGCUGACUUUAACUCAUUCCACCAUAGAGGGGUCGAAUUCUUGUAUGAAAAGGAUUUAUUAGCAGAUAAUGUGCUCUUUAUGAACGGAAAUAGAUGGAAACUUAUGCGACAGAGCAUAACACCUUUAUUUACAUCCACUAAAUUGAAGAACAUGUUCUACAUUCUGGAUAAAAGUGCACAAGAUUUUGUGCAACUAUUGAAAGAUAAACCAAAGAUACUUACGGAAGGUAACACUUUUGAUACAUUGAGUACUUUUUGCAGUGCUGCUAUUGGAGCUACCGUUUUUGGUAUUACCACCGAAUCCGUAUUCGAAUCUCCGUUCCUUACCAUGGCUCGAAAUGCUCUCGCGCCGACGAUGAAAACAAAUUUACAAUUCGCUAUAGCCUUCGCAUUUCCAUCAGCUGUAAGGAGACUUCAACUGUAUUUUUUCAAAGAACAUGAGGAUUUAUUCAUUGGUGCAAUCAAGCAAGUUCUACGUCAAAGAGAAAAAGAGAACGUGAAGAAACAUGACUUUGCCGAUAUUUGUUUGAGUCUCCAGAAGAAUGGAACCAUGAUAGAUCGAGAAACUGGUUUUGAAUUGGAACCGACGGAUGAACUGUUAGCUGCUCAGGGAUUUUUCUUCUUUACAGCUGGAGUAGAACCAACAGCUACAGCUAUGUUUUGCGUUCUUGUAGAACUAGGACUGAACCCAGAUGUUUUGCAACGUGUACAUAAAGAAAUUGACGAGACGUUUGAAAAGUACGACAGUUUUACUUACGACAUUAUUAUGGAGAUGGAUUAUGUUGGAAAAGUAUUUAGUGAAGGUCUGAGGAAAUAUCCACCAAUUGGGUUUUCGUCUAGAAGAUGCGUUCGUGAUACUGUAUUACCCGUUGGAAAUAUUAAGGUUUCAAAGGAUACACAGAUCAUUACUCCUAUUUUUGAAAUGCAUAGGGAUCCAAAGUUUUAUGAGAACCCUGAUAAAUUUGACCCGGAGAGAUUUGCUGAGGACAAUAAGAAUGGUGAAAUCACUUACCAGCCAUUUGGUAAAGGUAAUAGAUUGUGUAUAGGAAUGAGGUACGCCAGAUUGCAAGCUUUGACAGGUCUUGUGCAUUUACUACGAAACUUCACGGUAAAAAGUAAAGUUGGAAAAGGUGGAAUUAAAUUUAGUAAACAACAAGUGCAAGUUCGUCCUGUGAAUGUUGAUGUAGAAUUAAUUCUGCGAAAGUGAAAAGUAACUAUAGGAGCUAUUGUACGAUUCAAUAUAACCCAGGGAGUGAAUACGGUAUUAUCCGUUACUGACAGCGAAAUUUGUGAUCAUUACUUAGAUCAGAUGAUUUUAACUAUACGGCUAUUAUAUAUUCAUAGACGUUAAUUUCAAAUAAAAACGUACAAAAGCAGUUUAAGUUCGUUUAUCUCAAACUAUAUAUACUUUUUUACUGAAACAAAUAUAAUAAUUAUAAUGUGUAUAACAUGAACAACGGAACCAGGGUUACCGAUAUAGCUACUAAGAAUUGCAAAACUUAAGUGGCAAUGGGGCGAAUAGCGACCGAAUACUGGAAGAAGUGGCGUGAGCAGACCACCCACAAGGUGGACUGAUGAUCUGGUAAACGCUAUGGAAAUCCGCUGGAUGCAAGCGGCGCAAGACAGGUCGUUGUGGUAUUCUUUGGGGAACAGUGGACGUUUUUUUGACUGAAUUGAUGAUGAUGGUGAUAUAACAUCAUCAUCCUCAACCUAUUUCCUUCCCACUGCUAAACAAGGGUGUUCCUUAAAGACAAGGUUUAAAUAGGUACUGUGACGGUGUGACCUCCUUACACCGUCAUCUCAGCUUUUUGUAUCGUCUCUCUCCGCUUGUAUCCUAUAAUUUUUUUAUUUUACAUGUAUUUAAAUUUUAAAUUUGAAUUGU